UGUUAUUGCUCCUCACACACAAUGCCACAACACUCCACCUGUCCCUCCUUUCUCCAUUUCUGCCCACCUACCCCGAGGCAAAGCAAAGAACAUUCCUGAACCGCCCAACCCCUAAAGCCACCUCCGCUUCCUCCAUAUCAGAUCUAAUCUCCCCCAAACUGAAAAUGGCGCUAGAAUGGGUAGUGCUUGGCUACGCCGCGGGUGCAGAAGCCAUCAUGGUUCUCCUCCUCACGCUACCUGGCCUCGACGGUCUCCGUAAGGGCUUGAUCGCCGUCACUCGUGGCCUCCUCAAACCCUUCUUGUCGGUGGUCCCGUUUUGCCUCUUCCUUCUGAUGGAUAUUUACUGGAAAUACGAGACACGGCCUAGCUGUGAGGGCGAUUCUUGUACUCCUUCCGAGCAUCUCCGUCACCAGAAAUCCAUUAUGAAGAGCCAACGCAACGCGCUUCUCAUAGCCGCCGCUCUCCUUUUCUAUUGGCUUCUUUACUCUGUUACUGGCCUUGUUGUUAAGGUCGAGCAGUUGAAUCAGCGCCUUGAGAGGCUUAAAAAUCGGGAUUGAGUGAGAUAAGUGCUUUUUUUUUUUACAACGCUUGUGUUUGGGCUACACUUUUUGUUGUGAUGUUUUAAAUUUAGAAUUCCCUCUCUGUUGUGUUUGGCUACUAUGAAGGAUUUUAUUAUCUUACAAGAAUUACAUGGUCAUAUUGUUUAAUCUCUGUUUUCUCAAGUUGUAAUUUGUUAGGCUUUUGGUUAAAAUUAUGCUCUCUUAUGAUUUUGUUUUUGAUUCAACAUAGAUGAUGGCUACUUUUUGAAUUGGAA